AAGGCCUUUUUAGGGUUGAGAGGGAUCGUGCACAAACCAUAAGCCCUAAUUGCUCCUACUGUUGAGGUUUCUUCUUUUCCUCAGUUGUCGUAGUCGCUCCACUGGGACCAUGCGAUUCGACGCAUUCUGGUGAAAAUUAUGAUCCUCCGACGUGCGCAAGCUGCUUUGUAGUCUGUUAAUCAACCGUGGGAGGGACGCCAACCAAAUUUUGUAGAGGACAUGUGACGGAAUAUUGAAGGAUUCGGAUGCGAACCGGUGUCUCUAGGGCUAUGGCGGUGACGACGGGGACGGAAGGAGGCGCUGCGCUGAAGCCGAGUGGUAAGGUGGACUCGGCCUUGGUGGAAAAGGCUGUAGAUGCGCUCCUGAAGUGGAGUGGGUCUUUGAAGGGGAAGGAUAAAUCGCAGCUGCUUGAGGAUGACCAGUUGUUGUAUGUUGUGGUGGGAUUGAAUAAGGUGCCUGACAGGGGUAGGACGAACCCUUACAGUGUUACGCUUCCGCACCCGCUCUUCCAGUUGGAUGAGAACCUCGAGGUGUGUUUGAUCAUUAGUGAUAGAGAGAACACGAAGCUAAAGAUGAGUAAGGAGACAGCCAAGGAGAGAAUUGAGAAGGAGGGGUUGAACAUUAGGAAGGUUAUUUCGUCAUCGAAGCUGAAGAAGGAUUACUUUUCCUUCGAGGCGAAGCGGAAGCUGUGUGGGUCGUAUGAUCUGUUUUUGGCGGAUGAUCGCAUUCUUGGGGAGCUGCCGAAGGUGUUAGGAAAGGGUUUUUACAAGAAGAAGAAGCAUCCCAUUCCUGUGAAUCUUACGCGGGCGCAGUGGAAAGGGCAGAUUAUGUCAGCUCUGAGUUCGACGUUUGUGUAUGUGAGCGGAGGUACUUGUAGUGUGGUGAAAGUAGCUAAAACAUCGCAGCUUAGGGAGGAGAUUAUCGAGAAUGUGAAGGCGGUUUGUGAGGGCGUGGCGCAGCAGAUUCCAAAAAAGUGGGCCAACAUUCGGUCGUAUUAUUUGAAGACUCUGGAAUCUAUUUCUCUUCCUAUAUAUCAAUCUCUGCCUGAUAUGCCAUUUAAAAUUGAUUUACCUGGAUUGUCACAGCCGGACGCAAAUCAAGGCAUGAAACAAUCCAAGAAGAAAGUUAGAUUAGCUGAAGUGAAGAAGGAGAAGGUAGAUGGGUCAUUUAUGAGUGAAAGCGAGGACAAAACAGUUGUAGUUCAGGAUACUGUAGCAUUUGAUAAGUCGAAGAAGAGGAAACAAAGAAAUGUUGAGGGCAAGCCGAAAAAGCCUCGAACAAAAGCCUAAUUUGUCUUUUUCAGCUCUAACUUUUUUAAUUUGCAGUUCUAAGAAAAAGGUUUGGGCAGUUGCGUCUGGUCGUGCAAUUCCAUCUCAAUGUUUCACGUAGUCGUUCCUAGCAAAACGGUUCUUUACGGCUAGUUUUCUCAUUCUUCUAAGGUAAUUAGUUCUGGCUUGGCAAGGAGCUGCUGUAAUCUUACAAAUACACUUUUUUACUUAUUUCAAUUCAACCUGCAUUUGGAUGGUGUGGUCCAGGUGUUUCUUCGUGUGGGCAAA